AUGACUGGGGGCAGCAGCCUGAACAGUGCCGACCACAGCGCACACGCAGAACCAGGAGCCCUGGAGCCCCACCGUGUGCCCCACCGUGCAGCCUCCUCAGCCGCCUUCAAACAGCUGCAUCCUCAACAGGUUGUGAGGCUCCAAGGAGGACAGGAAAAGAUGAUCUCUAGGUGCCAAGAUGAAAUUGCACACUGGCAAAAGGAAGGCUUGUGGAUACCAGCAAAAUCACUCUUCUCCUCGGGGACAACUGGUUUUGCCAGUGCUCUGCAAAGCAAGCAGUGGGGCAUGGGCUGCAACGAGUGUAUGCACCCCUCCUGCCAGCACUCGAUGAGCAUGCUGGGCAUCGGCCAGUGCGUGGAAUGUGAGAGCGGGGUGCUGGUGCUGGACCCCACCUCGGGCCCCGAGUGGAAGGUGGCCUGCAACAAGUGCAACGUGGUAGCGCACUGCUUCGAGAACGCCCACCGCGUGCGAGUGUCCGCCGACGCCUGCAGUGUCUGUGAGGCCGCCUUGCUUGAUGUGGACUUCAACAAGGCCAAGUCCCCACUCCCGGGCGAUGAGACGCAGCACAUGGGCUGCGUCUUUUGUGACCCCGUCUUCCAGGAGCUGGUGGAGCUGAAGCAUGCGGCCUCCUGCCACCCCAUGCACCGCGGUGGACCAGGGAGAAGGCAGGGUCGAGGGCGGGGCCGGGCCAGGAGGCCCCCUGGGAAGCCCAACCCCAGAUGGCCCAAGGACAAGAUGUCAGCCCUGGCCGCCUACUUUGUAUGAUGGCCCUGUCCUCCCUCACCCAGGCUGCAGUGCCAUGCAGACACCUCAUGGCACUUCAAACUAUUAAAAUGCAUUUUAUCUUA